AUGCUGGCUCGUAUCAUUGAUCACCCAGAUUGUCAAGACAUUGUGGUUGACGUUGGCAUGCCGGUUCGUCAUCGGAACGUGCGAUACAAUUGCCGUGUGAUAUUCUAUAACAGAAAGAUCAUCCUUAUUCGCCCGAAGAUGUGGCUUGCCAAUGGUAUACUAUUCUCUUUGGCCGUCAUUUUCCUCCCCACAUCAGUACAGCUCUUCACUAACCAUGUUGCUGCGAGAUCAGAUGGGAAUUAUCGGGAGCUUAGACAUUUCUCCCCAUGGCAGCGCCCCCGCGAGAUUGAAGACUAUUACCUGGAGCAGAUUGUGGGCAAAAUUACCGGCCAAUAUAAGGUGCCUUUUGGUGACGCGGUCAUCAGCACACGGGACACAUGCAUAGGGCUUGAAACUUGCGAAGAACUUUUUACGCCUAAUGGUCCUCAUAUUCCGUACGGCCUAGCUGGCGUCGAGAUUAUCUCAAAUUCGUCAGGAAGCCAUCAUGAGCUGAAGAAGCUUGACACUCGCGUGAAUCUGAUUACCCAGGCGACUAAGCUGAGCGGAGGCAUCUACCUCUAUGCCAACCAGCAGGGUUGCGAUGGUGAUAGGCUCUACUAUGAUGGCUGUGCAAUGAUUGUCAUCAACGGGAAUAUUGUCGCCCAGGGUUCCCAAUUCUCCUUGAAAGAUGUGGAGGUCAUUACGGCUACUGUUGAUAUCGAAGAAGUCCGUCACCCAGUUCGGACCUAUCGCGCUAGCUCUAGCCGUAACAUGCAGGCUACCAGACAACCUCCGUUUGUUCGGCUUGAUCUCGACGUACGGCUUUCCCGUCUGGACGAUGAUGCCGAGCCCGGCCUUGUCCCGUCGGAACCGAUCUCAGCAAAGUACCACGCUCCAGAGGAAGAGAUUUCCCUCGGCCCAGCUUGUUGGCUUUGGGAUUAUCUGCGAAGAAGCGGCGCUGCUGGCUUUUUCCUUCCCCUUAGCGGAGGUAUUGACAGCUGCGCUACAGCUAUUAUCGUACACUCUAUGUGCAGAGAAGUUGUCAAGGCAGUCUCGGAGGGAAACCAGCAAGUCAUCAAAGAUGUCCGUAGGCUGUGUGCAGAACCUGAGGGCUCGACCUGGCUUCCCAGAACCAGCCAGGAAGUAUGCAACCGCAUAUUCCACACCAGCUUUAUGGGCACCCAGAAUUCCAGUAAAGAAACGAGAGAGCGGGCCAAGGCCCUCUCUACCGAAAUUGGAUCCUAUCAUAUCGACUUCAACUUCGACACUGUUGUGACUGCCAUCACAAACUUAUUCACUGUGAUCACAAAUUUCCAGCCGCGGUUCAAAGUCCAUGGCGGUACUGGAGCCGAAAAUGCCGCGUUACAGAAUGUCCAGGCUCGUUUGAGAAUGGUCCUGUCGUACUUGUUUGCUUCGCUGCUCCCAACUGUUCGUCAACGUCCAGGUGGAGGUGGACUACUUGUGCUCGCAUCUUCCAAUGUAGACGACCUCAAAAAGUUCAUCGCGUGGGCUCGCGAUUCAUUCGAUCUCCCAAUUCUGCACGAUUUCUUAACAGCAACCCCAACCGCCGAGUUGGAGCCUAUUACAGCUACUUACGUCCAGUCAGACGAGGCCGACAUGGGCGUGACAUACGCCGAACUAGGCACCUUCGGCUACCUGCGCAAGGUCGCAAAACUGGGACCCUGGUCAAUGUACGAGAAGCUGCUCCACGUUUGGGGAAACGAGUACAGUCCCCGCGAGAUCUACGAGAAGACCCGUCACUUUUUCUACCACUAUGCUAUUAACCGGCACAAGAUGACUGUCUUAACGCCCAGCUACCAUGCGGAGCAAUACUCCCCCGAAGAUAACAGACACGAUCUUCGUCAGUUUUUGUGUCAGUUACUCUCCAGCACCGACGGUCUUCUUGCUAGGGUUAAUGCUGACUUGUGUCUUCUAGAUCCCCCGUUCACAUGGGCCUACAAGAAGAUGGAAGAGAGCGUUAAGUACUGGGAAUCCAAAGGGUGGACUGCUGGCAAGGCACAGAAGAAGAGCGUCAAGGCAGACUAA